CAGCUGCACCCUCUUGCAUACCUGGGACUCCAAAAGCCACCGGAUGGUGGGGGGCGUGGUCGGUCUGACAGAUUAUGACAGACCUGUCAGAUUGGCGACGUGAUAAAAAAGACACGUCAGAUGACAUUCUGAUGAAGACGGCAAAUGCCAUCGAAACAUGUCAGCAAGGUAAAACAUCUUUUCUUACUGAAUUGUCAGUUCAAAAGUAACGCUAUCUUAUGGUCACAAAAGUGAUUUCAGUUCUUGAGAAAAACAUGAUGAACAUAAUGUGUAAGAAUUUCAUUUGAAUCUGUAAUUUGUUGAAACAUUUGUUGACCUUUGGAGUCCUCCUCUGAAGACCACCAACCUUUAUACACAAUAUCAUUGUGAUUCAAUCAGUAGUUGCUGAUAUAUUUCAAACUAAAGUGGUGGAUCAGGAGGAUGAUUUCUAAUGUCAUUUGGGGUGCAGAAAAGGUUAAGUACUGACCUGUCACAUGUGCUAGUAGGCUGCUGUAAUGUGAUAUUAAAAUAUUACUCAGUUACAUUAAAUCAGAUCAAAUCAAAUUAUCUUGUUUAUUAUCUUGUACCCUUUGAAUAACCAGGGCAAAGUAUAAAAAGUUGUUUCUCAGACUGGUGGGUCAGCUAAUUUUCAAUAAAGCUUUUAAGUUGCUGGUUGUGUCUAUAAAGACAACAUGCAGCUUUGCAACUUGCAACCCAGUUAGACAUAUCAUCCAAUUUAAAAAAAAAACACAUUCCUGGCUAUUUAGAACAGGAGAACAUCCAGAUUGUUUUAUAACUUUCUACCAGUGUGUCCCGCAUGACUCCAAUUUGCUAAUAGUUUACUUCAUGUCUGCAAUAAAGCUGAGACACAACGAGGCCCAUUGAUGACACAGAGCCGAGGAACUGCAAAAUCUCAUGAUGAGCUACGUCUUUAAUUCAAAUAACAGAGUCUGCGAAGAGACAACACAUAUCUGAGCCACAACGAGCCAGAGGUAAGAGAAAAUACCUGUUGAUAUAUACAUAAAUACAAUUAGGACAUUUUUGAAUGGUAAAAUGUUCAUUCGUGUAAAGCAAUUUUGUUGUUUUUUUGCUUAAGUAAUUUAGUAAAAAAGAUAUAAUGCUUAUAUGGUGAGAUCUUUUUCUAGCCCUCCCACAGUCAUCUUUUGAGCUAAAAAUUUGUCAUAUUUGUGUAAUUUUAUUGCUUUAUUUUUUGCAGGUAACAACAAGCCACCUUUACCAUGAAGAUAUCUUCUGCUCUGGUUUUUGCACUCGUCCUCCCCAUCAUCAGGGCUCAGGUUCCCCACUGGGGUCCGUGUCCAGAACCAGCUGUUCAACCUGCCUUCAACCUUAAACAGUUCUUGGGGAGAUGGUUUGAAAUUGCUAAACUGCCAGCCCAGUUUGAGAAGGGCCGGUGCAUUGAAACCAAUUUUACUUUGAAGACAGACAACUCCAUUCAAGUGGUUAGCUCUGAAAUACUAAAAGGAGAGCUGAGGAAAAUUGAAGGGAGUGGAGUUAUAGAGGAUCUGAAGAAUCCAGCCAAGAUGGGAAUAAGUUAUUCCUACGUCCUUCCCUUCUCCCCCUACUGGAUCCUGUCCACUGACUAUGUGAAUUCGGCCCUGGUGUACUCUUGCACUGACAUUCUGAGGCUCUUCCAUGUCGACUUCGCCUGGAUCCUGGGCCGAACACGGACGCUACCAGACUCCACCAUCCAGAAAGCCAUGGAGAUCUUUGCACAAAACAACAUAGAUGUGAGCAGGAUGACUCCCAGCAGGCAGCAGGGCUGUGAAAAAAGUCUCUGAGCAGCAACAGAAAUGCAACACAAGAUGGUGCUGUUGUUGAUAGAAGAGGGGAAUGCUUUGAGUACUUUCUUCUAGAAAAGUCUUUGACUAAUAUUACUGAGAAAACUGAGUUGUUGUUUUUUGUUGCCUUUCCAACAUU